CGACUGUAUGUAUUUUUGAUAACGUGUACUGCAGGUAAUUUGCUGUUUUCGUGAAAGCUUCCUAUGUAAUAACAGAAAUAAAGAAGCCGAUUUAUUAAACAUUAUGAGAUAAUUUUAUUACUAUUUCAUUGUUUCUCUUAUAUUUUUACGGCUAUAACAAGUUUUACGUGUUCGUAGUUGCCUGAGACAUUAUCUAGCAUCUUACCUUCAAUCUAUCUGAUACUAUAUUGAUAAAAAUAAUAAAAUUACCUACCCCUUCUGCAUGUAACACUGUUAAUUAUGUACUGAGUGGCAUAUUAUGACUGUAUUUUUUCUGAUUUUCUGUUCUGUUGGCUCACAAAUGAAGAGACCAAGUAGUGAGGGAUGAUGGCUAAUGUUUUAAAUAUUAUUGAUCAAUACUAGUUUAAUCACUUUCAUUUACUAAAGUCAGGAAAAGGAAGGGGUUAACACUACUAAAAGUUAUUACCGUUAAAUUAUAACUACAUUGGAGCAAUUCUAGCAUAUAUAAUUGAUGGUUACAAUACCUAAUUUAGUCCACACUCGCUUAAGAGGUCUUAAGAACGGGUAUCAAGCAGGUUUAUGACGUUAUAAAAUGAAAGUUUUUUUCAGAAAACAAAGCGAUGUAUAGGAAGAUAAACUUAGUUUGACGUUGUCUGCUUAAAUACAAUAUUAUAAAGACAAGGUCAUUCUAGAGUGCACGUCAAAUACACACGAAAAAGACAUCACACAAAAUCCGAUAUUUCAUUCAUUUAUUCUUAAUAUAAGUAAAAUAUAUUACUACAAUGGAAAAUGCUUCGUGGAAGAAUUAAGAAAACGAGUUAUGUAGGUAUAAGUAUGAUGUAUAAGGUCAUUCUACAUCAUUUCCUGUACUGAAAGUAAUAGGUAAGUUGUGUUUUUUUCAGUUCAUCUUCUCCAAUAUAAUUACAACAGUUAUCAUAUAUAUAUAUAUAGCUAAACAGUACUCUAUUUGCUAAUACAGUCAAACCUCUGAACAACGGCCACUUAUGGUAACGGUAACUGACCGUUGUUCAGAGGUGGACGUUAUAAGAGGUUCGAUUGUAUUUUAGUGGUUAAUUCUGACUAAAUAUUAAGGCAAGUUAAUAUUUUUAUGCAGAAAUUAAUAAAAUAUUGUACCUUCUCGUGUCUUAAAAAUCAUGUUUUAAUAAUUGUAAUUAUAGACACGUUUAAACAGUUCAAACACCUCUGCUGUGACAUCCUUCCUGUUUAUUAACAGUUACUAUACUCUUUGUGUUUCUUAAUAAUUUUAACGUGGAAUAAUUACAAAUUUCAGAGAAUAUAUUAUGAAACUUUACCUUCCUUUUCAGAUAAUCAGUAUCACACGGCUGAUUAGAUAAAAAGUAUGAUAAAACCUUUCAUACAGAACUGAAAAUAAUAUGGAUAUCAUUAAAGUAACAGCAUUACCUGAAGUUAUGAACAUCAGCAACAAGUCUUCAAUUAAAUGUUCGUCUUAUGCCAUCAUGGCACCCAUCGUCACAUUUUCAAUGAUACUGUCGAUAUUAUGCGUUAUCGUCACCAUUAUGGUAUACAUAAUCGUAUCAGAAUCAAAGACUUUACAUGGAAAAAUCUUGAUGUCCUUUUCCGGAUGUCUAGGAUCCAUGUAUUUCUUCGUGUUCCUCGACGUAUACCUGCAACCGUUUUUAUCCCUCCCCGCGUGCGUUGCAAUAGGAAUUGUAACUUACAUCAUGCUAAUUGCUACUUUUUUUUGGUUGAAUAUCAUGGCCUAUGACAUUUGGAAGACCAUAUGUUCCUCCACAGGAUCUGCGAACUCCAAGCAUUCGAAGAAGUAUCUCAGAUAUUCCGUCUAUGCAUGGACUUCCACCAUUUUAACUUGCAUCCCUCUGAUCGUGGUGCAGAAUACGAACUUGGUCCCAGAAGCAUUUCAUCCUGGAAUUGGCAAGAGGAAUUGUUGGUUUAAUGGGUUCGUCGGUGCUCGAAUAUUCAUGAGUGCUCCGACUGGUGUUAUACUCUUGUCGAAUUUGGUGAUGUUCGUCCUUACUAUUAAGAGUCUGGUCCAGAUAAAUAAGAUGACGCAAACUUUCCAAAUUCGAGAAAAUAAUAUUCAAUUUAAAUUAUACUUCAAACUCUUCCUGAUAAUGGGGUUGGUGUGGAUGACCGAUUUUUUCCCAAUUAUGUUUAAAAAUUGUCAUUUAUAUUUAGUGAGUGACUUUUUAAAUUGUCUUCACGGAUUUUUUCUAUUUGUCAUUUUUAUUUGUAAAAAGAAGAUCAUAAAACAAUUUUUUGAAUUUUUCAAAAAUUGUGGAUGCUCUCCUCUUUGUCGCAAAUCUUCAUUUCAUCUCAGCACUCAGAAUUUACAAAAAUGCCAAGAGGAAAAAGGAAGUUUCAAUAAUUUUUCUACCGAUUUUUAAUAUUCAAGUUAAUUUAUUAUUUAAAAAACAAAUAAUAAAAGUGAAUUACUUUUUUAUUCUUGAGAUUCUUCAACGAUUCGUUGAAGAAUCUCAUUUUGUUAUGAUGGCUUUCAAUUUCUUAGAGAAUUGAAUAUCCUUAAAAUAAGCUUAAGAAUUCAGAAAUUCAACGAUCCUAUUAGGAUUUUCUUUUUAAAAGUUUAUAAUUUACAUUAAAAUUGUUAUUUUAUACAAUGAUUUUUUUAACAAAAUAUGUCUGUGAUUGCCUUUAAUUGCACGUUGCAUUCUCUUCGGGAUUGGCUUUCAGUUGAAGGAAAUUUGCUAAUUCCUUAACAUAAAAACUAAAGAAAAUAAAAGAAUUAACUGAAUUUGUUGGUGUUGACAAACGAUUUACAAGCUGACAGGUUAUUUUAAAUAUCAGUCAGAGGUUAGUUAGAACAUUAAUUUUCUAUUAAAUUAAUAUAAAAUAUACUGGAUUAAAUUAGAUUAUUCUUAUUAAAAUUUUACAAAGUGUACUCCUUCUAUUUAAAUUUCCAUUUAAAAGUUAAAUAUGAAAGACAGCUUGACACUUUACAUUCAUUUCGUUUUUGUUUAAGGGUCGAGGAUCAAGGUGAAGUUCUUAUUCAUCUAACACUUGAUUUGUCAGCAAAAAAAUUUUGUCUUUUAGAAUAAUGCAUUAAUUUUAAUUUAAAUAAUGUAUUAAUUUCGAAUUUAUGGGCUAAAAAAAAUGCAAUUUUUCAUCACUUUUCUUUAUUUUAUCAGUUCAUUACUUUGUCAGACCUCGUGUUCUCAAUCUAAAAAUGAUAAAUUCCUAGUAAAUGUAAGUGAAAGUCAAAUGUUUACCUUGCUCUCACCUAAUAUACACGAGUUUUUUUUAUAUGAUUUACACUCAGUGUUCUUAAUAUUCUGCUGUA